UGCGGCUGCCAUGUGAGCGCACGCAGUCUCCAUUAAUGGCGACGCAGGAAAAACCAAAAAAAAUAACGGCCAAACCACCUGCCCUGUUCCUCAUGCAACGGCUGCACUCCUCCAUCACCAUUCACCGACCUUUUGACCUUCCAUACUUGAGAAAUUCCCCGUCGAUCUCCAUUUCUAUAAAUACCCAAGCGAAGCGAGAGAUUUCAAAUCCCACAAAACAGCAAUACAAUGGCGAAAGCAACUACGACGAUGAUCGUCUGCCUCUCCCUCCUCAGGGUAGCAAUGGCCGCCACGUACAGCGUAACUGACUACGGCGCCGAGGCCGACGGCCAAACCGACUCGACCAAGGCAUUCCUCGCCGCGUGGUCCUCCGCCUGCGGUGCCGCUGGGCCGGCGACCAUCUACGUGCCUGCCGGACGCUUCCUGGUGGGGCAGGCCACGACCUUCCAAGGCCCCUGCAACAACAGCGCCAUCACGAUCCUCGUCCACGGCACCCUCGUCGCUCCAGCCGGUUACACCUCCGCCGUCAACUGGCUGCUCUUCAAGUACGUGGACGGCGUGUCUAUCCUCGGCGGCACCAUCGACGGCCGGGGCCAGGCCUUCUGGGCGUGCAAGGACGCCGGCCGCAGCUGCCCGCAAGGCGCCACGUCGUUGAGCGUGGCGGAAUCGAAGAACGUGGUCAUCCGAGGACUGACGUCACUCAACAGCGAGAUGUUCCACAUCUCCAUCUUCGGCAGCAGCAGCGUCAAGGUGCAGGGCGCCAAGAUCAUCGCUCCCGGAGACAGCCCCAACACCGACGGCAUCCACAUUCAAAUGUCCACCGAGGUCACCAUCCUCAGCACCAGGAUAAAGACCGGCGACGAUUGCAUUUCCAUGGGCCAGGGAGCCUCCGGCGUGUGGAUCGAGAAGGUCAACUGCGGCCCGGGACACGGCAUCAGCAUCGGGAGCCUGGGCGGGACGGCGUCGGAGGCCGGGGUGCAGAACAUCACGGUGACGUCGGUGUUCUUCUCGGGGACGCAGAACGGGCUGAGGAUCAAGACGUGGGGCAAGAGCUACUCCGGCUUCGUCAGGGGCGUCACCUUCGCCCACGCCGUCAUGCAGGACGUCAGCUAUCCGAUCGUGGUCGACCAGAACUACUGCCCCGGCAACGUCAAUUGCCCCGGCCAGAGUUCGGGAGUCAAGAUCAGUGGGGUGUCGUACAGUGACAUCCGGGGGUCGUCGGCGACGCCGGUGGCGGUGAAAUUCGACUGCAGCGCGAGCAAUCCGUGCAGUGAUUUGUCGCUGAGCGACAUAAAGCUCACUUUCGAGAACAAGGAGGCGCAGGCCUACUGCAAGAACGCGGAAGGGAGCACAUCCGGCACCAUCAAUCCCCCCAGCUGUAUUUAAUUUAUGAUGCCCAAUUUCAUUGUAGUAGGUAAUUAAUAUAUGCGUUUUAGGAGAUUGAUUAGGAGGAAUUAGCUAACAAUGUCUCCGGUGGUGGUCGGCCGCCGUGGUGCCAGCGGGCGGCGCCAGGAGGGAGCUGAGCCAGAUGCA